UACCUUGCAGAAGCAAAAAUAAAGGCAUAGGGAAACCCAGUUUUACUAGAAACAGAAUUUUAAUAACAACUUGAACAUAAGAAACCCAAAAUUUUAUUCUAAACUUUACUGGCUUUGAAGAAAAAUCCUACAAAAAUGUCUCUGUACCCAUCUCUCGAAGACCUGAAGGUAGACAAGGUGAUUCAGGCACAAACGGCCUUUUCUGCAAACCCUGCGAAUCCAGCGAUUUUAUCUGAAGCUUCUGCUCCCAUCUCUCAGGAUGGAAAUCUCUAUCCUAAACUGUAUCCGGAGCUCUCUGAGUACAUGGGCCUGAGUUUAAAUGAAGAAGAAAUAUGUGCAAAUAUGGCCGUGGUCCCCGGAGCACCAAGUCAGGGGCAGUUGGUAGCAAGACCUUCCAGCAUGAACUAUAUGGUGGCACCUAUAAUUGGUAAUGAUGCUGGCACCCGCAGAGCAGAAAUUAAGCAAGGGAUUCGAGAGGUCAUUAUGUGUAAGGAUCAAGAUGGGAAGAUUGGGCUCAGGCUUAAAUCCAUAGAUAAUGGUGUAUUUGUUCAGCUAGUCCAGGCCAAUUCUCCAUCCUCAUUGGUGGGUCUGCGAUUUGGGGACCAGGUGCUGCAGAUCAAUGGGGAGAACUGUGCCGGCUGGAGCUCGGACCGGGCACACAAGGUGCUCAAACAGGCUUUUGGAGAGAAGAUUACCAUGACCAUCCGUGACAGGCCCUUUGAACGGACAAUUACCAUGCAUAAGGACAGCACUGGACACGUUGGCUUUGUCUUUAAAAACGGGAAAAUCACAUCCAUAGUGAAAGACAGUUCUGCAGCUAGAAACGGUCUUCUCACAGAACACAACAUCUGUGAGGUCAACGGACAGAAUGUCAUUGGACUGAAGGACUCUCAAAUUGCAGACAUACUGUCCACGGCUGGGAAUGUAGUUACUAUCACAAUCAUGCCUGCUUUUAUCUUUGAACAUAUUAUUAAACGGAUGGCCCCAAGCAUUAUGAAGAGCUUGAUGGACCAUGCCAUUCCUGAGGUUUAGAAGUCACAGCACCGUGGAAACUUCGUUGAAGUUCUUCCGUUUACGUCUUCUGCAACUUACCUUUCUCUUAUGCACAUGGAGCUUCCUAGGAGCCAGCGAGCAUAUGCUGCAGGAGGACCUUCCUGUCUUACAGUCGGGCUGGAAAUCUUACUGUUUGAUCUGAUGUCUUGUUCAGACUUCAAGAUAGUUGUAGCCUUAUCCUGGUUUUACAGUUGAAAAGACUUACCUUCAUAGACGAGUUUCUUUACUGGAAACCUGAUGCUUUUACAAGCUGUGUGAUGAGGAUGACUGAUACAGGCUCAGCUUUCUGUUAGAACCAGUCAACCUUCAUCUUGGGUAUCAAGUAGUGCUGUUCAUAACACUUUACUUCUAUGGUAUAUUUGCAUUUUUACUGUGUUACCAUACUAC